GAGAUGCUGCUCACUCCAAUUACAAACACCUCGAGUUGUUUGUUACUGUAUUGAGGAAGUUCUCAGAGACUGCUCGUAUUGGUGAUACCAUCUUUGAAGAAUAUAGAAAGCAUUUUUGCUAUUAUGAUGAUGAUGUUAAAGAGAAAGAUAUUUACUUGGCAAAGCAGCCUAGAGAAAAGUUUAUGUCUACAAGUUCAGAAAGUUCAUCGUUUGAUGACAAAGAAAUUGAUAGGCAUGGUGAUCAUAAAAUCCUCUUCCCUCGUAAUAUGAAGAAAAAGUUUGAGGACAUGAGAAUGAGGUUUGGUUCUACAUUUUUUCAAGUCCGACGAAUUUUUGCAAGAAUGAAAAACGUUAAUAUUGAUGAAGUGAUGUACCUUAUUAGUGACAUGUUUCCUGAUCUGAAGCCUCAGCUUUCUGAUAAAAAGACAAUUAAUGACGUUUUGAAUGUGCUGCAGAGGAAGUGCAAUAUCAUUAACUUACGUCCCCUUGAAGUUUUGGUUUUUGAAUUCAACAUAGAAGAUGCUAAACCAGUCAUUAAGUUAUACAAAGAGGAAGCUAAGGAUUUCUGUAAGUCAAUAUCAGUGAGUCUUUGCCUUGAUGAGAAGCUACAAGCAGUUGCUACUCCAUCUCGCCUUUUAUGUGAAACUGUUGUAUUUGUGUUCAACUGGGAUCCUGAUGAGUAUACACUGCAGGAUAUCAAUGAUGUAUUGGAUGAGUUAGAGCUACUGGAUAAGUGCCGCAUACAGAUUGAUAAAGUUGGCACUGGUCUAUCAGUUAUAGUGACCUGCUACUGUCCUGCUGAAUACACUGGGUUGCUUAAAAGCAUUGUCCUUGAAAAGAUAGAUAUGCUCCAAAGGAAAGGACUAAAGGAAUUUAUAGUGGGCAACUUGACUGUAUGGGAUGCUACUCAGGUGAAGAAUACAGAAGUUAUGGAAUUGCUAGCACAAGUAAGUGACUUAAAAACUGCUUUAAAGGAUAGAGAUGAAAGGAUAAUGGCUACUGAAACUGAGUUAGCAAAAGUCAAGGAGCAAUCAGAAAUCAGAUUAAAAGAAAUAGAAACAUUACAAAAAGAUCUUGAAGAGAGUCGAUACAUCAAUGCUCAUAAUGAGGAAGUGAUUAACCAACUGAAGGAGAAUGUCUCUUCACUUAAUAAGAAAGUUUCAGUGCUUAAAGAAAAACUGAUAAAUAGUAAUUAUUCAAUCCUAGAAGAAGAUACUGAGAAAGAGUUAGCAUCAUCAAAGGAACACUCAGAGACUAGACUACAAGAAAUAGAACAACUGAAACUGAAACUUGAAGACAAUAACAUACAAGAGGAUGGAAAGGUUGUGUGGAGUCAUGGUCGUGUACAACUCACUAGUCCAUCAGUAGAUCAAUGUAAGGAGGUAAUCAGUAAACUGGAGGAGAAACACAAGUGGGUUACACUCUAUUAUCCAUCAUCUGACAGUAUACAGGUCCUAAUACCAGCUGUAUUGGAGAGAAGAAUAAUAAAUGAACUUACUAUAUACUCCUCAUUAUUAUCACGUGAUGAUGUCCUCUCAUUCUCUUCUCAACUAUCAACCAACAAAUCAUUAUCAAUUCUACACCUAACUCAUGGUUCAAUGAGUGAUGAUGGAGUCAUUGCACUAGCACAAUCACUACGAUAUAAUAAAACACUUGAAUCUUUAUUUCUUGAUCACAAUCCUGGCAUCACUUCAGCUUGUGCUCAGUCACUGGCUGAACUUUUACUCACUAACAACACACUCCAUGGACUUUAUCUCAACUCUACUAACAUUGAUACUGAUGGAGUAAUGAUACUAAUGGAAUCACUCAAGACCAAUAAUACACUAAGGAACUUGAAACUCAGCCUAGACAAACAACAUAAAGAACCUUGUUCUGCUUUACCUUAUUAUGAGUAUAUCAAAGACAGAUUGAAUUUUGUGGAAUUUUAAGAAAAUAUUAUUUUUAUAUUAAAUCCUACCUUGUCAUACUGUAUAAUAUCUUUUUAAAUAUAUGCUGUUGUACUUUUAUUUUUA